UGCUGUGUCGGUACCCUAACACAUCUGUGGGGAAGCAGUGCAUUAAUUUUUCUAUAAUAAAAAUUAAUUAAAAAUCCUACUCCAAAUGCAUAUUGAAUCAAUUAGCAGCGAACGUCUGCAGCUCUAAUGGAGGUCCAUAGGAAGGUGAGAGUCUGCUUUGGGGAUAGGGCUGGGGAUACAGGCAGAGUGAAAACAUCUCUCUUGUCUGCUCCCUUUGAACAGCUGAUUUUUAGGCAGUUUUAUUCACUCCUAAUAAACCCUGCAGGAGCAGCAGCGAGGUGCAAGGGCUUCUGUUGGCUCUGGAUCAGGUGGUGGCAGGUGAAUGGCUUUUCACUUCCAGCCUCCAGCACAAUUCUGGCAGCUGCCUCAAGUUUGUUUUCCCUCUGCUCACUCAGGCUGUUGCUUCACAGGCAGAGGAACAUCUCCCAAGUAAGCCCUCUUCUGCUGCAGGUUUUGGGAAGCUUGGAUGAGGAGGAGAAGCUGAGAUGGGAGCAGGAAGCUGCAUUUCUGGCCAUUCUUUCCGAUGAGCCCCACGCUCCCCUCUCUGAAUAUUCAGCCGAGCUGGCUUUCCUCUAAAAGAUAACGGGAGGAACUGUGACAAGUGGCAUAUUUAUUUCUUUCUGCUAGGGCUGCACCACAUUUUAAUGCAAUAAACUGAAUUGCAAAUCACAGCAGCACUGCAAACAGUGUGCUGGGAGACCCUGUUAGGAAGCUGCUGCUCUUUAAAUGUGUGUCAGCUUGCAGUGGGGAAGGGACCAAAUAACCAGCAUGCCUGAGGGAGUGGGUUUCAUCCCCUAUGAGGUAUCUUUGUCCCUUUCUGGCAGCGUGGGCUCCAGUGGGAGUGGGGUGUGUACCUGCCCCUGCUUGGGCAGCAUUUGGCAAAGCACUUUGCAAACAUCUCAUCCUUCUGAUAGGUCUCAUCUGUACAAGGUAAGGCAAUAUGUGGAUGAGGGGGGGUGCUCCUUGGCUGUGCUAAUUCUCUUGAUUGGAGUUGUCUGCUGCUAAGAGCUCUUCCCUGAGUGUCCUCUUGCACCUGGAUCCCUAAAUUAGGCAGGAGGAAGCAGCACAGCCCUGCUGGAGCUGACAGCUAUGUGAGCUCUGACAGUGGUGAGUACCUCCUCCUCUUGUUCCUGGAUGUGGCGUGGACUCACAGAAACACUGUAAAGUGGCUAAACCAGGGCUAGUCUUUUAUGGAGCAGGAUUGGCAGGUGACCAUUCCAGAAGUGGAGAGCCCGAAUGUUGAAUAGCAAGCUGGUGCUGUGAUGGGACUAAGACCUUUGGAGGCUGGGAUGGAUAAAAGCAAACCUUUGUCUCGCUGAGAUGAAAAUGCAUUAACCGUGGUAAAGGGAUGUCUGUCCUGUAGCUGUGUGCCCUAACACGGUUGACUUCUUUUGUCCCUGGCUGAAUCCAGCAGCCAGGAAAACCACAGCUGGGAACCAAGCCUUGCUGUGGGGCUGGGCACUCUGGUGGUGGUUGUGGUUGACUUUUGAGCCGGUGAGUGCAGGGUGCUGCUGCUCUGACCCCACACCUGCCACCUUGUCUCGCUGCUGGCUCUGUGCUCCUUGCCAAGACACCCGAGGAGCCAGAGCAGCCCCUCUGCACGGGUGUCCUGGGUCUCUGUAGCCAAGCCUGUGUAAGGAGACAGGCAGGUAGGAUGCUGUGAGUGAUAGAGUUGCUUUUUCUUCCCAGCCCUUCCCCUUUGUAAAGCUCCUUCAGGUAUUUCAAGUGAGGAAAAAUGCUCUUUUUAAAAAUACUAAUCAAACGUGGCCUGGCUUUGUUGUUGUAAGAGCUUACUGCUUGUAAGUGUUUUUAACUGCUGCUUUGUGAAGCUUAAAAUUUGCUUUAUUUAGUUUAGAAAAUUAAUACCCGUAGCAGGAUGAAGUGGUUUGAGGGAUUGCUUGAGACAAAUGCCUCUUGUCUGCUGCUAAUGACUGUGUGAUUGCUCUUUUACUCUGUGUUACCUGGGAUGUACCAGCAGUAAUUCGUGGUCCUGCAAAAGAGACUUGAGAAAAUUGUAAGCAGGGAUAAAUUGGUCUCCAGUUUUCUUAGCAAAUGUGUUGGUGGAGUUUUGUUCUCUUUAGCUUUAUAGCUCAGACUGGGGAUCUUCCCUGGGCUUGGCUUCUGCAGUUGUUUAAGGUAGCUGCUACCUGCAGCUGCUAGCCAAGGUUCCUCCUCAGUAGCAGGGAGAGCACAAGGAAACGUGCUGGGUUUUCUGUGGCUUAUUUUUGUUGCUUCAUAUAGUAACUUAGUUUUUGUAAACUGCUGGGAAGUUUUUCAAAGCAAGCUCAAAGAUCAAGGUGCCGUUAAAAGUCUUAGAAGAGAACCCUCUCUUUGAAGAACUUGUCUGAAAGUAGAAUAAAAUGUGACCAAAUAGAAUCAUUGAAUGGUUUGGGUUGGAAGGGAUUUUAAAGAUCACCUUGUUCCAACAGGAACAACAGCAGGGAUGCCUUCUGCUACACCUGGUUUCAUAGAUCUCCUGGCUUUUAAAGACCCUUUUCUUCACCUGUUUAAUUUCAUCUUCUCCUCCCAUUCCCUGCCCAGCUCUCCCUCAGUGCAGCAGCCUCGGCACAUCCAACCCAGCGGCUUAUCUGAGGUGUUGUGAUUUACACCCAAGUUUGGGGAGCAGACUGGCUGGUGCUUUCCCAGUAGUUGGAUCACUUAGGGAAGAUCUUCAGCUGUCGUGGGCUGUUGCUGUGUGCCAGCUCAGACACCCACUGGUGCUGUUCCCCUGAGAUUUUUGUGCUCACAGCAGCACUGGGGUGAGGGUGGAGGUUGCAGGGAUGCAGGAGCUGCUGCUGACUGGGAGUGUGCCGGACCAGCCGGCACGUGUGGGGCUGAACGGCUGUGAUGGAGGUGGGAAAUGGGAGCAGGAGGCAGCUGAGUGAGGGGUGUGGGUCUCCAGGUCUUGAGCAGACGGCAUCCAGCCCACAGGGUCUCUCUCUGUGUCGGGGACCAUAUGGUGCUGUAUUUCACAGCCGGCCCUGUGUGAUAAAAGUUCGGCAGCGAGCAUAGAUGAAAGGGAAGGGGUGGUCUCAGAAAUGUUUGCUGCUGCUUGUGCUUGGAUCUCUCAUGGAGAUGGUGAUUGCCAGUGAAAUAUGUUAGGUUAUGCCACAGCUGGGCUGGACACACCUUCUCAUGACAGGGACAGGAAUGGACUGCUGUGGGAUGAGAUAAGGUGUUAGUUAACGUGUUGGUGGGAAGCACCUGCAUAUAUAUCCCCAUCCUGCCAAACAUGAGGUUCCUGCCCAUCAGAGGCACUCUGGUAGGGUCUCUUCUCCAUUUACCUCUUUCCAGGCUGUGCUUGGUUGGUGGGGCUGUGCCAGAGCAGGUGUCAGAGCCGUGCAGUGAGAGCCUCUCCCAGCGCAGAGCUGCAGGUCUCUGUGAUCUGGAGGUGGGAUUGCCUCCAGCCCCACAGCCCCAGGGGAGUGAGAGCCUCCCUCUUGCUAGGUGUGCUUGGGCAGCCCCAUGAGGAGGGUCCUGACAAGAGCUCAGGGUGCCCAUGGUGGGAGAUGGGAUCCUGCCAAGGGAGCUGCCGGUUUGCUAGAAGCCUUCUCCUAAAUAUGGACAUGAUUAUUUUUAUUUAUUUCUUUGCUUGCUCUGGAAUCUUUGCAUUUUUUCCCUUAAUCCUGGAGGAAAAUCAGCAGUGCCCUGCAUGCAUGUGACAUGGCUGUGCACACACUCCCUUUGUGACUUCUUUCUUUCACGGGAGAGAAACAUAUUCAGGAAAAGCAGGGCCCUAACAACAGGAAUCAAGUGUUUCUAAAUAUGGACAUCCCUUUUUGGCCUAAAAAGUCUUUUUUGUACCAUGCAUAUUUCCCCUGUUAAUCAUUUCCUUUUGUUCCUUGCAAACUUGGGUCCUCCAAUGUUAUAGAAGGAAUUAUAGCCUCUCUGUUUGUAAACUUUCCUUUAUGAUCCAUGAACUGCCUUGCAUGUUGGACGGAUUUGCUGGGUUUUCUUUUUAAUGUGGUUGGAAAGGCCAGCACUCCGGUUACUCACCCUUGGCUUUCCCUUUUUUUUAAAAAACAGUCAUAUUUGGCCUGUGCCCGUCUCGAAAUAUUGGGGAUUUUACAGGCCAUUGAGCUUUGCCUGGUCCUAUUCACUGCUUUUGUGUUGCACUAAUUGGCUUGAUAAAGAAGGGCCUGGGCUCUGCGGAGCGCUUCUCCUCCAAGGUGAAAUGUGAGAUGGAGGGGGAAAUAUUCAGAUGUUCACUAGCAGUUAUGCUCGCUGGAUAAUCUGAAUGCAUCAGAAAUGAGCUAGAGCUCAGACAAAGUAGGGGAUUAGGAGUCUGAGAUGGGCGAGCGGGUGGACAUCUGGAAGCCUGCUGUUUAGCUCGUCUGCUGGGGUGGGUUGCGUCUUCAGUAUGUGGGUUAUAGGCACCGAAAAUGAACAGCAAGCUGGGAGCUCUGUGGAUAUAUUCCAAAAUAACGAUUUCUGUUGUUAUUUACGGAGGACCCCACCCUCCCCAGCAGAGCUCUGUGCGUUCAGGCUUCCCCUCUGACGCUGGAGGGACAUGCUCUGAUGGCACGGUUUGUAUGCACCACCUCUGCCUGCUGCUCUGAGGUUUUGGGGAGAAGCCUUGCACGCCCUCGUGGUGGUGUUACAGUGGAUGCUCAGGCCCUUGGUUGCACAGAGGUCCCUGUGAUUUUGGACAGGUGCCCAAACAGAGUCCAACAGAAGACCAACUGCUUGGGGGAGGAGAGAAACCCAGCCUGUGGCUUCUGAGCCCUUCCCAUGUGCAGAGCCCAGUUCUCCUGAAGCUGAGCUUGCUGUUAGCACGGGACUGCUUCUGCCCCCACCAGCAUCUGCUGUGGAGCAUUGUCUGCCUGGGGUCAGCUUCACCCACCCCAUCCCUCUCUCCCUUCCAGCCCCUUGCCCUGAUCCCUGCAGGCACAAGGUUGUGACUUGGUCCUCAGACUGUGGGUGGAACAGUUUUCUGCAUUUGAUGAUGAAAUAGGAGUUGAAAAAUCCUUCUGCCUUUUUGAAUACACAGUGUUGGAGAAGGAAUUACAAAUAUGUUGUGAACAGAAAUAGCGGACUAGUGGUUUGCUUUGUUUUGUUUUUCCUCAAAAAAGUAAUUUCUUUCUCAACCUCUUGGCAUGUUCUCCCUUUCUGCUCCUCCAUCUCCAGCACUUUGCUCAUGCUUCCAUCCCCUUUCUGCACAGCCUACCUUGGCAGCUUCAGUUUUGGCCACAGCUGUAAUGUCACUAAAUGUGGCUGUACACAGCUGGAGCCGUGCAGUGCUCCCAGUAAAUACCCAGUGCUGCUGGAAUAGCAUCCUGCCUGCCCACAGGUGGGAAGCAGAAGCAUCACACUGAGCAAGCUGGCACUGGGAGGUUCCUUGUUCAGGGGAGCAGUGUAAUUCUCACCCUACCCAGUUUCUGGCAAAGUGGCUUGAGGGGAAGGUAAAGAGGGGACCUCCAGGCAUGAAUGCGUCACCCUGAGGCAGAUGCACGAGGUUGGUGCUGCUUUGGGUCGUGCUUGGGAUGAUAAAAGCAGGGGGAUUUUUAAUUAAGAAGAAUAAUCAAUGCUGCAGAAGAGAGGCAAGUACCAGGGCAGCAGGGACCUGGGCAGGGUUGGUUGAAGGACACGUGUCCAUUGCUGCUGGACACGAUAUCCCAGGGAAUUAAAAGCAGGACUGAGGAGUGAGCCUGAAGCAGCCGUGCGGCAGCGUCCACUGAACGUGCUGACUCAGCCAUACAUGCCUGUGUUGUGUCACAGCUGUGCAAAAUUUAGGGAGAGAAGGAAAGCACCGUUUCCAUUUUUUUCUAGUUUGUGGGGGAUAAUCUUGUUUCGCCUGUCAUCUGCACAUCUGACCCUUGGUGCUCUGGGUGCAGCACCAAUGGGUGGCAGUUCCUGCUGUGCUGCCCUCUUUUAUUGCCUGUUUUUGGUAAAACUGCCUUGUUUUUAUUUGGAAAGACCUUACUGGGGAGCAGAGCUGAGUCCUGGUGGGCACUGGCACCCAUGAAAUGUGGUUGAUGUCUUAUGUUUUCUCCGUGUGAGCUGAGGGAGCUGCUGCUGAGGGCGACCUGCGGGUGCUGGCUGGUGUGUGGGUGCACAGAUAAACCAGCUCCUUUGCUGGGACCAGAACACUGGGGACCCUGCCUCUUGGUCUGUGCUGGCAGCAUCUUUUGGCUGGAGGGAUGGAGGUCUGGGGGAGUGGUACAACACUGCUGCUGUCACCUGUGGGCACCCUGAAAGCCAAACCUCUGGAAAGCUGGGUUCAAAAUCCUCCUUUUAAUCCCAGGAUGGGAGGAGGAGUGUGUUUUGCCUGAAAAGCAGGGCCAGAAAGGUGUGUGUGUGCACUAUGGGGGGACUCUUGAUUUUACACAGACGAAGUACAGUUAAGCAUCACAGUCCCAAUUCUUCCACCAGCAGCUCAGUGCAUUGGAACUGCUCCAUGCCAGGGGAAGAGCCUGAGGGGCUGCCCAGAGGCUUUAGGACCCCAUGGCAGGGACAGGGCACCCUGCAGCUCCCUGAUACUCUUCUGGGCUGGCAAAGCCUUUGCUGUGAGGUGGAGGAUCCAGGUUUGGGGGAGGCAGCCCUGAGCCCCAGGUCAGCUCCCCAGUUUGAGCAGGGGAUGCUCCUGCAAACAGGAGCUGCUGGGAGUUUGCAUCCUCCUCGGCCUCAGCCCUGAAGGAAGCCUAAAGCCUUGGUCAAUAAUAAGCUUAUAAGACAGUAAAUCUUGGUAAUGAGAAAAACAGAAGACGGCAUCUGCUCAACACAAUGGUGCUGUGUAUGGUCUGGUAAACAGCUAUUGAAAGGAGUUGCCCGUUAUCAGAGGGGUUACGGCUGAACAGCCCAAUUUCCCUGCAGGAUCGGGGGUUUUCACUGCCCCCAGCCCUUUAGGAGUGGCUGCUGGAAUCCUGUUGGAGCUGAGCAUGGGGAGAGGUGACCUGUUGCCCGCGAGGCCCAGAGUUUGCCCACAGGCCCUGCUGUGAGACCAGAGGCGAGUUGCCAUCGUCCUUCGUGUGUGGAGCUGAAGGUGUGACCUUCACAGCUGUUGUCGUCUUCUCCUCCUGUGCCCAUUCCAAUGCCUCUUUGCAAUGGCUGCGCUGGGAGGUGUACAUAACUUUGGAGGGUGCUCUGCUGCAAAUGAUUGGGGUAAAAAUGGGAAACAGUUUCUUCUCUUGUCGUGUUUUUGGAGAUGCCAAAAUGAGAUGAGCUGAUUGGCAACAGGCACCCGAGCAUGAAUGAGUUGUGCAGGGGGUGGCAAGAAAAGGGAGAGGCUGGAUCUUCACUUGAAAUCCACUGGGAUGAACCUAGUGCCCAUGGGGUGGGAGCUGGCAGUGGUCUUGCUCCUGCUCCAACUGUGUGAAGCCAGGUCUGCAAAAUGGGGAGGAGGAGGAGGAGGGGAGAGUUAAGGGGAAGGAAUCUGCAUAUGGUGUGUAAUGCAUUUAUGAAUUGGGUCUUUAAUAAUUUACAUUACCAGUUUAAUACUUUGAAUACAAAUUAUCUUGCCCAUAUGCUGUGCUGACAAACAUAAAAAUGGAGUAAUCAAAGCUGUAAUAGCACUACAGCAAAAAGACAUAAAAUGCCACUAGAAGGCUUAGGAUAAAUUAUUGCAUGCACACACUAGCUCUACGGCUCCCUGGUGCCAAAGGAUGCAUUGCAAUUUCUUCCUUAGACUUUGUAUUUGGGCUUGAGGACUGGUGCAGUACCAGGAGUACUGCUCAAAAUUCCACAAGAUGGGCAGCGUUUAACAAAGAGAAGGAAAGAAAAAAAGUCUCAGACUAGUUUGAUAAACACCGCAAUUUAAAUUCUUCUCUGGCAUUACAUGGGCUGCCAAGGAAAUAUAGCCCUCUUAUUUGCAGGGAGCCCCCUUCUUCUUCCAGCAGGGUUAUUUGCAUGUAUUAUAAACUGCAGUGCUGGCUUGCCAUCUUCAGGCAGCUGCCAUGCACUGCACAGCAUCCCUGUGUAUCCUUGUCCAUCCCUGUGCUAGUUGGAAGUGGUAGGUCCAGCCUGGGUCAACAAGGGAUGCCUAAGCAAGGAUGCACCAGGUGAUCCAGGCAGUGGGCAGCAUCAGUCCAGGCAAACCAAAAGAUUCACCUCAUUCCUCUUCACAACUGUACUUGCUCCCUUCUGAUGCCUGAGUUCUGAGGGGCUGGAGGAGGUGGGAGAGGAUGCAACAGCCCUGGGCUUUUGGUGCUGCCUCUUGGCCACUCUUGGGCUGUGGUUUGGGUACAAGGAAACAGUAUGGAUGGCCUUGAGAGCUCAUGGAUGCUGCAGGUGACUUAGUGGUUUGUUUUUAACAGUCUUUUGGUGCGUGUGUGCUGGUGUACCAGGCAUCCCAAAGGGCACAGGACUCUGCAGCAAAAGGAGCAGGUUUGCAGAGCAGAGAAGCGAGUAGUGCUCACAGGGGAUAGCUGCAGUUUGGAGAUGUCAGUAGACCUUGUGUUGUACCUUGUGGCAGAGCUUUUAAAUACCAGCCCAUUCACUGGUGCCACAUCUCAAAUGUAGCAUCCCAGCUACAGGCAAUCUUUCACAGAAAGAGCCAUUUAAGGCUCACAUUUGCAUACACUGAAUUUCUCAGCUAUCAGGGUUACUCCAUACUGUAAUCCAUUCUGUGCUUCUAAUACGAUCAGUGAAAAAUGAGGCUUCUUCCCAAAUAAAUCAUCAGCAAUAAAGGAAAUGGUGGUUUUCUAUAAGGCCUGAGGCUCCUGCUGUAGCAACGUCUCUUCCAAAAGUCAGAGAAAUCUGGGCGGGCUCAUUCUGUGCUGCCUGAGGUCACUGCCAGUCACCCAAGGACCCAAACCCUUUGUAUAUAAAUGAGUUUUUCCUGCCUUUAACUCCCCCAGGAUCUGCUGGUGUCUGUCUCCCUGGAAUGUGGUGCCAGCAGCUGGGGUGCAGCACCCCCAAAGGCUCGGGUCACCCCUCUUUGGCUCAUCCAUUAAUGCAUGCAUUGGUGCACACAUACCUCUCUCUAAUAUGCUGAGGGGGCAGGAAUGGAUGCCAGUGUUUGGGAUCCUGUGCCCUGGUGAGGUGGGCAUUCAGGGCUGCAGGAAGAGAGAGCGAGCACCCUCCUCCUGCCCACCCUGCCUGUCCCUGUUCUCCACCUUGCCCAGCUUCUCAUGCACCCCCAAAGCCUGGGUUUCCCUCUGAACAGGGUGUUUUGAAGGAGUCCCAUUCCAUCCCCUGGCUCUGGGCAGCAGUCAUGUGGCACAGCAACCCUAUUAUUGCAGCCAAAACCCUCAGUGCAGAGGCAGCACGAGCUUGUCCUGCCAGGGGUGAUGGGGGCUGCCUGGGUGGGCAAAGGUACCUGUAUGAGCCAGAAGGGGGAGGGACAGGUGGGCAUCCAGCCCCCACUGGAAGAACUUUUCCCAUUGCCAGGUCUUCUGGAGAAUAAGGCCCUCACUGAUCCUUUUGCUCCACAAAUAAAUUGGAUGGAUCAAGACCACAAUGAGAAAUAUCCCCAUCCUCAUCCAGAAGGGAUUUUCAGCAUAAAAGGCUUUAUGUGACUCAUAAACUCUAACAUUUAUUUCUGCACAUGAGGUAAAUAUUUCCCUCUCUGAACGUCUAAGCAAUGCAAUUUUGUUUGAAGCCUCCAUUUGUUUAAGUCUGGAGGUGACAAUAAUUCACCUGUUUUCCCUUCCUGUGUUCCCCCAAGCAAUGUCGUAAGCCAAAAUAGAGCAAACUCAGCUCUGGCUGUUUGUCACUUGUCAGCUCCCUCCUUCAAACAUGUUCAGAUGAGCUUUGUCCUGGAGUUUACAUUUGGGCACCUUCUGAUCUCUAGCUGUUGGUAAAUGGCCCUGCGUUCUCCUGUUUAGAGGAAGAAAUACAGCACACCUGCAUGGAGCCACUGCCAGGGCAGGCAGGAAAGAGAGACAUAACUUAAUCUAACUCCAGAUAAAUCAUGAUUUCACAGCAAUCUGCCUGCCACGGGCAGUUGAGAGCCCCAUCUCCUUGGCACUGUAACAACACUUGUCACUCAAUGUCCCAAAGAGACCUGCUCACGGCCAGAGAUCACAGAUGACUGAGAAGAUGCCUGCAGUUGUAAACACCAUCAAUCUGGAGAAAACAAACACUGCCGGGAGCCAGUGUCAGAUGAGGAUGUACGAAGUCAGCGCUUGUCUCUGCAGACCAUGGGAUGUGCCCAUGGGCCACAUGGACCCCCGACCUCACACCUCCCCAGCUCCAAGAGGCAGCAGAGAACAGAGUCCCACUGGGUUAAAUGCAGCACAUGCCAUAACAAAAAGACAGUUUGGGUGCCAAACAACUCGCAAUCUUCUUUUUAAUGUAAGCAAUGUAAAAUUAAGAUUACUAUAGCAACAUCUUGCCCACGUUGCACACAGAUAGGAUUUGUUGGUCUUUAUAUAUAUAUUUGCGUGUGUGUAUGUGUAUAUAUAUGUAAUGUACAUAUACAAAUCCUAAAUAUCUCUGGCAACUUUUCCUACAGUUGAAUUUAUAUUUAAUUUCAAGCUCUCUGUAUCUCAGCUCGAAUUUGCAUCCAGCUUUCCCUCAGCAGCCUUCCCUUUUCCUUCAAGCUGCUUUCUGCACACUGUGUGCCAGGCUGAAGUCCCCUCUGCCUGGGGAGAGCACUUGGCCCCUGGUUGGGAGCAGGGACAUGGAGAGACUUGACUGGAGAGAGGGCCAUCCCAUCUGCUGGGGGUUUCAUUUUAAGUGGAUACAACCCUUAUAACUGACUUUAUGUUAAAACUCUAAAUUUGCUUUCUUCAGUUAGGUUUUAGGAGAGUAGGGUGAACCUCUGGCAUGCAAAUCCCAAAUUUUUCUUCCCAUCUGUCUUCUCUCAAGUUAUUAGUUCAGCUUUAAAUGAAAUUUCCUAUGAAUUAUGAACCGCAGCUCUCGUUUAUUCUCCAUGACUGAAUAAAACCUGGGCCCAGAAAUACCUGCAGGAAGGACAGAGCACACCCAGGAGCUGAGGGAAAAGCAGCAGGAGGAGGGAUGCUCUACAGCUCAGUGUCCCUUAAAUUCUUCAGGAAAGCAGCAGAAAUGCAAGCACAGUUUUCACCUUGUUGCAGAGGUAAGUGGAGUUACUGAUAAAGGAGAAUUUUAACACCUCCAGAUCUGAGGAGCUGUCUUUGCUUACGAGUCUACAAUCAGGGAGGAGGGGAAAGCCAGGCACCAAACUGUGCUCAAGAGAUCCGAAGGGUACUGCUUUCUGCCAAAGAAAGACACACCAGAGGGAUACCCACUUCUCCUGAGGAGCAGGAGGAACUUGCAGCUCAUUUGUAGCAGCUUUGAGGCUGUGGAGUCGAAUGUGCACAGUUGGAGGGCUGGUGGAUUUGCUGUUUUGAGACCAGACUGUAAUGGAGAUCUGAGAACCAAAACUGAAAACGUCUGCUGGCAGGUCUGCAUGGAGGAGCUGGAAAGCAGCCUGGAGUUGCCAGCUGCAGAUUUGUGGUGCCUCUGACUUAGCAGAAUUAAAUACAAGGAAAUAAAUCACAGGCAGCUCUGCCUGCGGGGUCUAGAAGGAAAGCAAAGUGUCUGGGGUGAGGCAGGUGAGCAACCCCGCUUCCCAGCGUGUCUGUGGGCACGGCAGAAGCGGCAAAGCAAAGAAGGGAUCUGCACACCACACAGGGGCCAGCUUUCAAAGCCCACCCAGGCAAAUGGAAUGGGCUUUUCUUCAGACAGAACUGCUCUAUGAGCAGGAAUCAAUACCCUUCUGCAGAGCCUGCAAAAAUGCUGACGAGUGUAAGUGUGCAGAGCUGAUGCCGAGUAGGAGGUUUCUGGAUGGAGCUAUUGAAGAGACGGGCAGGACAGAGCAAGCGCCAAGUGAUGCUUCACACAAACACUGGGUGCUGGCGUGGAUCUUACAGUGGCAGCAGAAGGUACAGGGGCAGCUGAAGAUCGGAUCAGGCAAUGGGGAGUGGGUUGAAGACCAGUGGAAAUUCAUGAGCAAUCAUGCAUUAUUGUUGAGCAGUCAUGUAUAUAUUGUAAGAUGGGCACUCAGCUGCAGGAAAGUUGUCCCUUUGCUGAAUCAGCCCCAACCCUGGGCUGAUCCAUAGGUAGAAGAGACAUUGCUACCUCCUUCCCCAAAGGAAGGAGUAAAGGCAGGCUCCAGGGGGCUGACAUGACAGUGGGACUGGGAACCUGGCUUGGGAGGAGCCAGCAAUGUCUGUAGGGCUGAAGAAACCAUCUCCAAGACCGUUGGUUAAAAUGCACACACACUUUCUCAUCUUUUUCUCUUGAAAGGGAACCCACCGGGACAAGAGACUGUUUAUGAUGAAAGUUAACUCUGGGCUUCCAUGGGUAAGGGCAGCUGCUGUGAGCAGUGUGAGCACCAGUGCACUGGGUAAAGGUUUGGUGUGCAACUUCAACCCAGAGACCUGGUUGUUCACCCCUUGGAAAUGCUGUGGAGCUUUGCAGGUGUGCUGGAGUGUCCGGUGAAAUCAGGGCUUUUGAUGGGAGUAUGGCAAGAGAAGGGAAUCCCUUCCCUUUCCCCAGGGGGUUUCCCAUCUGGGGACUGCACAGUUCUGAUAUGUACCAAAGUGACAGCCUGAGCAAAGGGAAUCUCUUCACUGGGGAAAAAACUCUGGCUUUGGAGUCAACUGGCUGCACCCCUCUGUUAACUCUGCCACACUGACGCUGUGAGUGGCUGCACUUCCGUAGGGGCAGGUGGGUACCACACGUCCUCCUUGGCUUCACGGCACUGCUGUGCCAGCCAUCAUCCCCAUCACCUCUCCACUUUUUAUUUCUCUUGACCCCCGUGUUCCCAUCAGCCAUUUUUAAGCAAGCCUGCCACCAAGACCAUAAUCGGUUCCCAUGUCCUCCUAUUUAUGCUCUCACCCAGCAAUUUGCGCAGGGCUGUCGAGCUCUCUGCUCGUAAUUGACGGGGGAAAGCAAUCUGCUCCACAAGAGGAAACAUCUCCACUGGCUGCUGCGUCCGAGCAGGCUAUUUCCCAUAAUGAGGAUGAAGUAAAACAGGAUCUCACUAACAGCCAUGGAUGUAGCUGAGCCCUCAUUACUGCAGGCACAGAGGUGGUGUUUGGGACAUAAUUAAGAGCUUGAUAUUUGGAGUGCAGCGUGUCGCACUGUCCUUCCCAUGCUGCUGCCUCGUAGCAAGGCAUUUAGAGCCAAGUGCUCCUCAAGUUUGCUCGAGUCACAGCUCCCACAGUCCAGGCUGCAGGAGGGGCUGCUUGGGAAAAAGGGAAAGCUCCUUGUCUUCUUUCCUAAGACAGUUGUUUCUCUCCUUGCAGAGGAUGACCAUGGCAAAUUUCAGCCUUAGCACUGGAAAGCAGCUACCAAUGGCAAUGGCUUGAGCUGUCCCCAGCUGGAAAAGCAGCUUGGACUUGGUGUGGGCAGAAUGUUUGCAGGCAACAUCUUUGUCGUCAGCUUGUCCGUCGCAGACCUUGUGGUUGCAGUUUAUCCGUACCCUCUGAUCUUGAGUGCCAUCUUCCAUAAUGGAUGGACCAUGGGAAAUGUCCACUGCCAGAUAAGCGGGUUCCUGAUGGGCUUAAGUGUCAUUGGGUCCAUUUUCAACAUCACGGCAAUCGCAAUCAACCGCUAUUGCUACAUCUGCCACAGCCUUCGGUACGACAAGCUCUUCAACCUGAAGAACACCUGCUGCUAUCUCUGCCUGACCUGGAUACUCACCGUGGUGGCCAUUGUGCCAAACUUCUUUGUUGGUUCCUUGCAGUACGACCCCCGGAUCUACUCCUGCACCUUUGCCCAGACGGUGAGUACGUCCUACACCAUCACAGUGGUGGUGGUUCACUUCAUCGUCCCACUGUCCGUCGUGACGUUUUGCUACCUACGGAUCUGGAUUUUAGUGAUUCAGGUCAAACACCGGGUGAGACAAGACUGCAAGCAGAAGCUCAGAGCAGCUGACAUCCGGAACUUCUUGACUAUGUUUGUGGUUUUUGUCCUUUUUGCCGUGUGCUGGGGACCAUUAAACUUUAUUGGCCUUGCUGUUUCGAUUAAUCCUUCAAAAGUGCAGCCACACAUUCCAGAAUGGCUUUUUGUCCUGAGCUAUUUUAUGGCCUAUUUUAACAGCUGCCUCAAUGCUGUGAUCUAUGGGCUUCUUAACCAGAAUUUUAGGAAGGAGUACAAAAGGAUAUUGCUGACACUGUGGACUCCCAGGUUGCUGUUCAUCGACGUGUCCAAGGGCGGGACAGAAGGGAUGAAAAGCAAGCAUUCUCCAGCCAUAACAACCAACAACAACCACGCUGAAAUACACUUAUGAGUCCGGACAUACUAUUUAUUUUGGAUUACAAUUGUAUAUAUAAUAUAUAAGAGCCUUUCUAGCUGUGUGCAAUUGCACAGCUGGUGUUGCCUGGCCCCUCAUGCAAGGAAGGAGUCUGCUGCCUUUCAUGCUUAGCUUGCUGCUGCGGCAUCAAGGCUUCGAGUGAGGAAUGUCAGAAUGGAAAGGACUGAUCUUUAUUUUUUUUGGUGUGCCAUCUUUCACUGUGUGCCUCAUUAAUCGGUUUGGUUGCUUUUGCCCCAGGCAUGCCAAUACCCCAAAAGGGAAGCGUUCAGAGUGCAUGGAGAAAUGCAGUUAUGCUUGAAAUGCAACCUUCAAGAGACAGCAAACUUGCCAUUUAUUACACAUAAACUUUUUUCCCCAGUCUCUGAAUUCUAUUUUUCUAGCAUUAACUUAACCCAGACUAUAUCAAAUGAAGUUUAAACUGCAUGGCUUUUUACCUUUAGUUAGGUAAAGGCUGUUAUUAGCCAGCAGGAGUUCAUAUGGGCCUGGUGACUUCCACUGUGUGUGCGUUCAUUUCCCUUUUUCUUUCUUCUUAAAGUUUAGAAGCGAGCCUGGACUUGAUGUGAGGCAGGCAGAAUCCAGACCAGUGAGUGUCUGAUGCACUCAUUUUAAUUGAAUAUAUACAGAUAUUAAGUACUCUUGCACUCUCCUUCCCAGGCCAUGAGUAAGAAUAUAACAUAUGACAUAAUCUAAUCGCAGGAAGAUACUUGGAGCCUGAUUCUAAUUUAGGCAGUAUCCUGUCAUGGCCAGCAUUCAUUCCAAAUGUCUUUUACAAGUCACUGCUACAUGAACAUCAUAAAAAAAAAAAAACAAAACACAUCAGAGUCCCAUCUGUGUAAUGCAGAUGCCGGCUUUUAGGUUCCAGUACCAUUUACACUUGGAGAAAAAGAGAGAAGGGGAAGGCAGCAUUCCAGAAAUCCCUCUUGUUGCCCACCACAGAACAUGAAUUUGCUGUGGGGAGAAAAAGUGGAGAUUUUUUUUUUCCAUUUUAUUAAUAUAUAAAAUAUAUAAAACUGUAAUUAACUCAUGGAGCUGGGAGACAAAAGCUACUUAAGCGUAAUUAUGCAUCAGUUCUGUUAAAGCCUGAACUGGGCUAUCUGUAUGAUAGACCAUGUCCUGAAGUGCUGGGGAGUCCACUACCACAUUAGAAACAACCAAAUGGGCAAAGAUAAGGCUGUUUCUUUAACGGAGUGUGUGUGAUGGCAGCUCUCUGUAAAUAUGAUGACUUCUUUGUUUUCUUAGCCUCAUCGUGAAUUCAUCUCUUUAUGCUUUUAAAUAUGUGGAUCUUGCUUUGAAACUGUCCCAUAAAAUCAACAGGUAAAACUCCCCCUGGUGCAACUCUGCCUUCAGGGUAGCACACCUGACAGUGCAGGAGCACCGAGUGGCACAGUGGGGAGAGGAGCAGGUCUGAGCCCCUGGCGAGGACAGCAGGCAGCCCUGCCCCUGGUUGAGGACAGUAGUCUUUUCUCUUUGGUUCUGGUCAAAGCAGGACUAGUUCCCAGGGCUGAACCCUGAAACACCGAGACCAGACUUUGCAGUAGCCUGUAGGCACCUGGAGCUGGAGGUAGGUAGGAAUUCCCAAACUCCUGGCCGGGCUGUGUGCCUAAUCCAUAGUGAAGACAGCAAGCCAUUUGGGCAUUGCUUGCUUAAGGCAACUUGCUGCUGAAUGUUUGUUCUGCUGAUUUGUGGGGGGGAAGAGGAGUUGAGAGAAGUUAAGCCCCUUUCUUUAAGUGGGCCAAGAAACACUGUGUUUCUGCUGCCAUGUGGGGAAAGGUCUCUGCAGUACCAAGGGGGGGUCUCUGCAUUUGUAGAGCGCCCUGGCACUUUAUGAAGUUUCAAACUUGAACAUCUCAGCCACUUCAGAUAAUUGUUGUUUUAAAAUGCACUGCAGCCAGCCUCCCAUAAUAGGAAUCAAACAGAGUUCUGUUUUGGCUUCUUAAUAUGCCCGAGCAUGGCCAAAUAAAGGUAUUUUGACCCUCAGAAAAAACGUGGUCUGUUCGCCUUCCAGAAAAACCACCCUGGGUGAAUUCACACCAUUCCAUGCAAGCAAAAUCAUUUUGAGUUAAACUUGGAUAAGAAAAGCACUGUGAGGAAUCCAUAACUGCAGGGAGUGUUUGUCCCGUUGUGCCAGGGAGAUGUCCUGUGUUCCAUGACUAGUCUUCAAAGUCAUUUGCAAUUAGCCACAACAGUGUUAGUUAGACUCACAUUAGCUAGUAAUUUGAGGCAUCUAGCGCCAAGCAGAAUGUACUCCUUUAAGACAAUCAUGAAGAGUCUUGUGCAGGUUUGCCAAAUAUCUCACAUGCCCUGAAACUGGGGUUUCAUCUUUAUGAAUCCUUGUCUUUUUAACUGAAUGUUCAGUGAAGGCAAUGUGUUGGUUUUUUUUUUUUGUUUUUUUUUCUUUAUGCUUGUAUUUGCACUAUUUCUUAUUCAGGCUCCAAAGUAACAGCCAGCAAGUAUUUGAACCAAACCAAGUCCAAAGAGGUCCCGAACAGGCAAGCUGUGAGAGUCCUUGCUAUACCUGGUAGGAAGGGGAGCAGCAGGAGGGUGGUAGCUCAUCUCUCCAGGACUCACAGGGAGUCACUACGGAACCAAACUAUGCAAAAUGAUAGUGGAAUCUGCUCAUCUUCUGCUGUCGGGUCUGAGCCCAGCUCCUGCCCAGGUCUCCACAGGGCACAGGCUCAGUCCCUGCUGCGCUGGGGCGGAUCUGAGCAGCUCCCUGAAUGUGCAGGCCCUGCUGCCACCGCAGGGUGGGGAUGUGGGUGGGCACCGUCCACCUGGCAGCACAAAGAGCCCUGGCACGACCUGUUCAGAAGGGCUCUGGGUGGCCCAGUGAAGGUGCCCAGAGCUGGGCUGAUGCAGCCGCUGUGGUUGGAGUCCUGAGCUCAGUCCUGCUGGAGCUGAGGUUUGCAAUAUGAACCAUGAAAAGCAGGGAACGUGGCAUCGAGCACUGUGCCAUUUGCUAGCACUUUGAUAGAGGCAGCACUUAGGAUAGGAUAGAGUUUUAUAUUGAAUUAUUUAAAAAGUACCCAAGCAGCUCCUUAUUUUUGUGUUAAGAAAUGGUUAACAGGGUACAGAGAAUUUAUUUUUGUUAACAGUUGUUUACAGAAAAAGGGAAGUGUGUUAUAACUGGGAAUCCUGGGCAGUGUCACAGUUUACCUGUGGGAAUCUAGCUUUAAUCCAAAUCUGAGAUUUCAAGGACAUCCCACCACUUAAAUCAUGCUCUGACAAUUCCACCUGUUGCAUACCUGGCCUUGAGUCUCUCCGAGAUCUCACAUAAAGUGAUUUCAAGUCACUUGCUCUGGAUUUGACCUGGUGGUGUUGAAUACCUAUUCUAGCCCCAAACUCUAAAAUUGUUGUGGUGGAAACUUGUGGACAGGUGGUAUUGCUGUGAAAGAAGAUAAUUCUCUUGCCAUGAAGAAAUAUUUUUGGAUAUUGCUAAUGAAUGUUGUUUAAUCUAUUUAAGAAGAAUGUAACCAAUAUAUUUAUAUAUAAAUGUGUAUUGCAUAUGCUGUUUCCAUUUUAUUGUUUAAUUAAGAAUCCUUCAGUAUACUUUCCUAUUGCUAUUUUUGUUCAUAAAGGAGAUUCAUUCCCUUUACUUGUUAAAACUGUAAUAAAUCUGCCAUUGGACUGCUUAUUGAUAUUUCUUUUCCACUUGCAGUUAUUUUUUAAUAAAUAUUUGGAACAACAGCUUGGGUUUUGUUGACUCCCAGAAAGCAGAUUGAAUUGACAGAUGGGUUCAGAUAUAACUCGGCUGUCCAGCUUAGACCUGGAAGUGAAUGACCCAGAACAUCUGAGACACAUCCUUGGAUUCACGUGUUUUCUUCCACCUGCUGUGAGCCAGCUGCCUGCUGCACUCUGGCCUUCCUCAUCAGGGAAGAAACUUUCUCCGUGCUGCUGUUGGUCUCCUCACUGUGUGUCCCUCCAAGACCCUUUGCCUUUCUUGUGCCUGUGUCUAUCCAGCGGGUGCGAUGGAAGCAGUUUAUCACAUCCAUUUCCUUGCCCUUUCCUGGGGAGCAAAGCACAGCCAAGCUGUGAACAGGAGGGUGUGGGAGCCGGGGUGGUCACAGGUUGGGGCACAGGGUGGCAGUGGGUUGUAGGGGAGGGCUGGAGACAGAGAGUCACCCUGGGCUGGAGGCACAGUGAGGGCUGACACACACUUUAGCCAUCGAGGAGCUCUGUGAGCGUGAGGACUGCUGUAUCCAAGAUGUUCUAUCUGUGUUCUUUCCCCACUUCUGUUUUUGGGCAUAUUUUACUGUAUUCAUGCAGUUGUUCAGCCAGUAGGUUCUGUCCAUAGGCUGUACCAAUUAUAUUUCCAUGCUGACUUGACUGGAGCUGGGUUUUGGGGAGUCUCAGUGCUGCUUCUGAAGCAAGGGAGAUGGGAGUAUGGAGUCAUCCAGCUGUAACUGCAACCUGAGCUCCUGUUUCCUAACCAGAUGUCACAUGUGACUGUGGUGUUAAGGUAGUAAAGGCUGAGAUUAUCCAUUAAAGAGAUGCCCAUGGAGCAGAUGUGUUGAAUGAACAGGCAGUGUUCGUUCAGUGACAUCCCAGAGCAGUACUGCUACUUUUUUUUGCUAAUCUUUUCCAACAGACUUCACCUGCUGUUUCCACAGUAAAGCCUGCAAUGCUCGGUGAUGGGACACACUGAAAGCAGUGUUUAUUAUAGUUGCAGAUGCCAAAAUGUCUGUCUGAGCAGAGCUGCUGGAAAACCCUUGCACGGACUCGUACCUGCUGUUUCUACCCCGUGGAACCGAAUGAAUCGAACUGUCAGAAGUGUUAUCCGUGUUAUUUAUUUACUUACUUGCCACAAAGUAAUAGUAACUGGGAGAUAAGAUAGAGCUAUAAAAGGCAAGAGGUGUGAUAAUUCAAUACCAGGAUAAAAUCUCACUCAUGGUGACUAUUUGGAAGUCAAUAUUUGUCCUAAUGUGUUUACUUCCAAGCUUAUAAUCUAUAACAUGAAGCCACUCAAUAAAGAGCUACUGCAUAUGUAUUUAGAAUUUUAUUGGAAAAAUGUAAAUUACUGGACCUAAUGCAGUAUUUCUUAGCAUAAAAACCCUGUGAUAAGAAAUGCAUAAUGGGUUCUUGCUAGAACUCUGUGAUGGGAUAUGCAAAUUUUUUUUUGCUGGUGAUAAGAACCAUAAAAUUUGUAUCUCUCAUGAACUACAGUUGUGAAUGGAAGCUCCAUAAUAUUGUUAACUGAAUUUUCACUUUGUAUUGCUUGUUUAUAAUAUCCAUUAUUCAUGUACUAUAAGUAAUGCGCUGUACAGCAGAGAUAGAAUUUAGAGAACAUGGUCAGUUUCCAGAGCAACCAAGGUGGGUCUGAACCAUUAACUGAAAUAUGUUUCUAUGUUUUCUUCCAAGAAUGGUCUUCUGAUAAGGAUUUUAGCUCAAAUGAUUGCUUCUAAGAGGUCAGGGAAACUUUAAUGUCUUUUAGAUUAGUUGCAAUGUCUGUGCAGUCACAGCUUGCUUAGAUUACCUUCUAAAUAGACUUGAGUCAUCAAACCUUUUUAAAAGUCUGUCCAGUUGGAGGAGCACAUAAUUUAUUUUGUAUGUAGAAUAUUUUAU